AUUUAAAAUACUCUCCUACUGUAGUUUCAGGCAACCUUUGUUUACCUGCCGCCUGAUACUGUUCUAGCUUUACCUUGUUGAAUUCAAGUUGCAAUAAAUCAAUUGUGUUCGUCCCAGGGUUGAUAUUUCGAGAUGGCUUCAGGCUACAGAAAACCCAACACCACUUCCAACCAGAGGAAAAAGGCAGGUCCUAAACCAGACUUGACAGAGGAACAAAAGCAGGAGAUCAGAGAGGCCUUUGACUUGUUUGAUACAGAUGGGUCGGGCACAAUUGACGUGAAGGAACUCAAGGUUGCCAUGCGUGCCCUUGGCUUUGAACCAAAGAAAGAAGAGAUCAAGAAGAUGAUUGCAGACAUUGACAAGGAGGGCUCUGGGACCAUUGAUUUUAAUGACUUUCUCUGUAUGAUGACACAGAAAAUGAGUGAAAAAGACUCAAAAGAAGAAAUUCUGAAGGCUUUCCGCUUAUUUGAUGAUGACGGCACGGGCAAAAUCUCCUUCAAAAAUCUCAAGAGAGUUGCCAAGGAGCUAGGCGAAAGCUUGACAGAUGAGGAAUUGCAGGAAAUGAUUGACGAAGCAGACCGAGAUGGAGAUGGAGAGAUCAACGAGCAGGAGUUUCUAAGGAUAAUGAAAAAGACAAGUCUAUAUUGAAUGUCUUAUGUUUCCCAAUGUUUAUUUUUUCCACUGCUGGAAUUUAUGUCUUUGAUUCUUUUAAGGGUACUUUAUGAUAUAGUGACAUAGUGGCUUUUUUCAUAUGCGUUGUAAAUUAUUAUAACAGCUCUAUACACUGAUUGUAUGAUAUUUGAGAAAAAAUAAAACAUUUAAUCAUUUCAAAUGUAUCUAGACUUUUUCAAUUUAAUCAUAGCUUUUAUCUAAGUUAAUGUCUCCUAUUUACCAUGGAAGUGAAAUUAUCAUGUUUAUUCAAACACCCUUGCACCUAACAUUACUGUAUGGCUAUUUGGUUCCCUCUUGUGACACAUAAAUGAAGUGCAGCUAUAAUUGUCUUUACUUACAUGAUUUAGCCUUUUUCUCAAGCUCAGUUAAAACAGUCUGAUCAUCCAAAUAUAUUUUGAUUAUACCCUUCACAUUAUCUAGAGACAGACUCACUGCUCUGAAUCCAAGAAAUCAGAUGAACAUAUGCUAAGACUGGCUGAAUGUGUUAUGACUAAGUCACUGUCGGAUAACUAAAUGCAUGGUAUACGAAAUGACUGGGUUGAAUUUCAGAUGACUGUCAGUAAAAGUGAUCACUUGGUGAGUCAGUAACCAUAA